AAAUCCGUGAAGCUUUCCGGGUGCUGGACAGGGAUGGAAAUGGUUUUAUAUCCAAGCAGGAGCUGGGCAUGGCGAUGCGUUCCUUGGGAUACAUGCCCAGUGAGGUGGAGCUGGCGAUCAUCAUGCAACGCCUCGACAUGGACGGGGAUGGCCAGGUUGAUUUUGAUGAAUUUAUGACUAUUCUGGGACCUAAGCUGGUAUCAUCGGAAGGCAGAGAUGGCUUUCUGGGAAAUACAAUAGACAGCAUAUUCUGGCAG